AUGGAAAAAAUACCGUACCGAGAAGCAGUAGGAUCUCUAAUCUAUCUGGCCACCACCUCACGCCCAGACAUAUCAUUUGCCGUCGGUCAAGUCUCCAGAUAUUGUGCCAAGUAUACAAGAACACACUGGAAUGCGGUAAAAAGGAUCUUCGCCUAUCUAAAAGGUACAAAGAACCUAAAACUAUGCUACGGUGGAACUGAACUACCUCCCGCUGUCGUCUACUGUGACGCGGAUUAUGCUGGUGACCUCGACGAUCGACGAUCAACAUCUGGCUACAUCUUCUUUUACAAUGGCGGGCCGGUAUGCUGGGCGAGCAGGAAACAGUCCAUCACAGCCCAAUCUACUGGAGAGUCUGAAUAUUUAUCUGCGAACGAAACUACAAAAGAAAGUGCUUGGUUCUGCCAAGUUGUACUGGACAUCACCGGAAUAAAUAUAAUGCCCCUCAUGAUUAAGUGUGACAAUGACGCUGCCAUCGCUGCAGCUCAACGCCCUCAUGGACAAGGCCGCAUGAAGCAUAUUCCCAUCAAGAUGAAUCUAGUCCGCGAACACAUCAGGACCGGCAAGAUAAAAAUGGAAUACGUCGCGUCAGAAGAUCAACUGGCAGAUAUAUUUACCAAACCGCUGAAAUCACCAGCCUUCCAGGAGAUGAGGAAAAGGAUUGGACUAAGUCAAGCAUCAGAACAAAAUACAUAA